GGGGAUGGGUGUCCUGUACUUUUCCGGGUCCGUAGCUACGAGUCUCCGCUUCAGUUCGUUCCUCCCGACUCCGGGGGGUCCCACGAGGACUAUCGGCCUGUAGAAUCCUGGCCUGGGAUAGAGUUUGGCGACCUCCUCAUAGUUUUAAGACCCUGCAAGUUGCACUUUGUGGGCGAGGCGUGCAAAGAGGUCUGGGGACGGGGGCACAGGGCAGGCAAAGGCACUGGAACAGAACACAGGCCUAACCGAGAGUUAGGGGGUUUCACCAUUUUUUUCCUUCUGCUGACGUUCGAGGAUGAUGAUCCUUUCCUGAAGAGCUCGACUGGGGAUGAGACCAGCCCUCAUGUUUCGGUCGCCUUCGCGACGCGCCUGCCACCUUCGGAUGACAACAAAUAACCCGAUUGCAGAAUAUUCAGAAGAAAAGACUCGGCCGUUCCUCUCAACAAACUCGACGUUUCGGUAUAUCGGAUAUUGUUUUGCCAUCGGCUUGUCUGCGAAUAAUUGAAACUCAUCGACUGCAUCGCAACGGAGAAAGAUUCAUCCCUCCGUCCAUUCAUCAAUUUGCGAGCGCAUUUCGUGAGACCGAAGUGCAACGGUAUAUCGGAGAUCGACGAGACUCCCCAUCGGAGAGACACGCGACGUUUUUCACCACAAAGCGCUGCAGGUAGCGCCCCGUAAUCCGCGAGCAUAUUAUGGAACGGACUUCGGUUUCGAUUGCAGAGAAAAAUGAAACGGGAAACUACGGCAGGAACGAGGUGCAACAGCCCGGAGUUAGAAGACCGCUGAGGAUUAUCGACAGUGCGUAAUGCCGAUGCAGGACAAGGACUCGUUCGAACCGCGUCCUCGUCGCAACUCCUGCUCAAUUAUUUGGAGAACAUUCGACCGACGUCCCGAGCUGCGAUACAACGAGGGUGCGUUAAUGGCGGACUGAAUAACUCCGUCGAAUCUCGUCAUCCUCGUCCUCCGCUGGUCUAAAUUUCUCCAGGAAUAUCGCCGCGUCGCAACGGAUAUCGUAUGCAGCCGGCAGCCGAUCGACGGUGGUAAUCGUUAUUACAAAUAAUAAAAUGACGCAGCAGAGCGGCGCCGGGUCGCCGCAGCAGUUCUGCUUACGAUGGAACAACUAUCAGACAAAUUUAACGAACGUAUUUGAUCAGCUUUUGCAAAGCGAGAGCUUCGUCGACGUGACGUUGGCAUGCGACGGAAAUUCGGUGAAAGCUCACAAGAUAGUUUUAUCGGCGUGCAGUCCGUACUUCCAGGCGUUGUUGUUCGACAACCCGUGUCAACAUCCGAUCGUCAUUAUGAAGGACAUCAAGUGGCCGGAAUUGAAGGCCGCCGUCGAGUUCAUGUACAAGGGUGAGAUAAACGUUUCCCAAGAGCAGAUCGGUCCCCUCCUCAAGGUCGCCGAGAGUCUGAAAAUCCGAGGCCUGGCGGACGUCAACAACGAACACGAACUGACCACGUCGAGACCCUCCGGUCUCCAGGAGGAUCAACGGUUGCCCGGUAUCGCCGGGUCGACGGGCGCCGCCGCCCCCGGUGGCGCGUCCGCCGAUUCGACGAUCGGCGGAGGGGCGCCGCGGAAGAAGAGGCGCCGGGUUUCCGCGGGCGAGAGGUCGCCGGGAAACGGGAGCAGCCCCCCGAGGGACGGCGAUGAUCACCUCCAGGGCUCCGAGCACCAGGUCCACCACCAUCUUCAGCAGAGUGCGGCGAUCGCCGCGGCCGUGGCGGCGGCCAACGAUUGCCAGAGCGGCGCGGCGGGAUCCGCCGGUCACUCUUCGGCCGCGCCGAGGUCGUUGGGGUCACCGAAUUCCCCCACCAUCUCCGUAACGCCUCAAUUGAAUCUCCACGAUCUUCCGGUAUCUCUUUCUUUGCCGCCACCUUCCGCCCUCUCGUUACCCGCCAAUCAGAACGUUCACAACCUUCCUCACCACGUGUCCGCCGACGCUAAUUCCGGCUCGCACGCGUCGUUGAACAGUAGCCAAAUUCACCAGAGCGUCGGGGCGAACACCGGCCCGGUGGGACACGGGAAUCAACAGCUAUCCGUGUACCAUCAUCAUCACCAUCAGCAACACCAACAGCAGCAACAACAACAACAACAACAGCAGCAGCAGCAGCAGCAACAGCAACAACAACAACAGCAACAGCAUCAACAAGGCGGACAGACCAGCUCUGUGCCGAACGACGACCUCGAGAUCAAACCCGGGAUUGCAGAGAUGAUAAGAGAGGAGAAAAGAGCCAAGUGGUUGGAAUCAUCCCACGCUUGGCUCGGUGCCUCUACUUCCAAUAUAACGGCUGACUAUUCGACCCUGCUGAAGUUGAAGGCGCCCACGUGGACGCGUCACGAUCUGCAGGAGGCUAUGGAGGCUGUUGUAACGCAGAAGAUGCGAUUCACCCAGGCGUCUACGAAAUACGGUAUCCCGAAGGGCACCCUGUACGACAACAUCCUAGGAAAAUCGAAACGUAUGAUGGUCCUCGAAGAGGCGGGACUCAAUUCGUCCGAGGAGACGGCGGUGUUAGAAUUCUGUUGCGACAUUAGCGUCAGUCCUUACAACAGAAGGACCAAAAAAUCAUUGAACGCAAUAUUGACGUUCGUUGAAAAAUUGAGGAAAAAAAGAGACCCCGGUUUCAUGUUCACGGGGUUAGCGGGAUUUCGAUGGUGGUGGGCAUUUUGUAAAAAACAUUCCAUAGUAUCCCUUUACUUUAACGAUGAGAAUGAUAACGAAUGACAUACCGUAGUAACUGUACACUUUAUUCUUUCCUUUAUCAUUAUCAAUAACAUUGAAAUCAUUACUAUUAUUGUUAAUAAUAUACCAAACGUCUCGUACGACUCGCCGUUUCGUGCAAAGACAGAAAUAUAAUGAUAUUAAUAUUGACAAUUACAAAGGACACUUUGGGGACCAACUACGGGCGAGGGGUACUAAAAUUCCUGAGGUAAAAUUAUUAGUUAAAUAUUUUUUUACAUUCAUGUGUAUAUAAAAAACAUAUGUGCAUAUUAUAAUAAUAUAGCAACGUUGUGCAGAGUCUAGUCUUAUUGACCCCUCACCGUCCUCGAGAAAUCGCGUGUAGGCAUAUAAAAUAAGAAACGAGCGAAAUUGAAGGGAAAAAAAAAAAAAAAAACGGAAUAAAAAGAAUGCAAGCUGGGAAAAAAAAUUACACACAUUAUAAAGUGCCUGGCAUACCUACUCACACGGGGCAUAAUAACGAUGAUGGUGAAAAAAAAUUAAUGUUAAUAAUAAUUCCAACGCACUGCUUCGAUACAAUAUGAGAUUCUCAAUUAUAUAAUUGUACGUUGUACUAUGUGUUAUACACACAAUAUAUGACAAUUAUAAAUCGUCUUCCAGCGAAUAUAUUUAUAAGAAUUUAACGCAUGAUUUUACUUGAUAUUAAUUAUACUGAAUUAAAAAAUAUUAAUAUUAAUAGUAAUUAUUAUAAUACGUCAAUUAAUAUAUUAGGUAUAGGCACUCGUGAUUCCAGUAUGCCGUGAGCCUAUGUUGAAAAUUAUUGCGAUUCGGGCAGGCGUCAGAAUAUUCGAAUUUAUCGGUCUACGAGCAAACCCGAGUUUUGCUGAAGUCAGGGCAGCCAGCAGCCUAGCGCUAUGUUGUGAGACGUCACCUUGGGGGCUGUGCAGAGGUGACGCCCCACAACAAGACCCCUCGCUCGUGGCUACCUGACUCCAGCUAAACUCGAGUUCGCUGGUGAAUUGAGAAAUUCGAAUAUUUCGACGUCUGCCCGAAUCACAAUAAUUUUCAACAUACCCUCGCGGUACAUUUAUUCCAUUAAUUGAAUUUAUGUGUUCCUCUGUUUUUUUUUCUACUUUAUUUUUCUUCUUCAAUCUAAAGAGGAAAAAGAACAAUAAUUAUAGAUAUCAUUCCACCGUGCCUAAUUAAGAACUGCAAUUUGUAUAAUAUAUGUAUUAUAUACGUAGGAUUUUGGUUCCAUAUUAUCAGGUAGCUUUAGUUCAUCGCAUUGAAUUACAGGGUGAAUAUGUGAAUUCUUUACGUACGACCUAUUACGUUAUAAUUAUCGCGAACCAGAAUAUAUAAAUUCCCCGCCCGUGCCUAAUAAUAAAUUCUUGUUUUUUUUUUUUUUUUUAAUUCUAUACGUCUGUUCAUCACAAAAGGGAAAAUUAAUUCCGCGUUAUUGUUACACGUCGUUGAUAAUAAAAUUUUUAAUGCACACAGAUCCCGUCCCUCUAGGUAUAUAUUAUAUAAGCAAUUGAACGAGGAGAGAAUGAUAAUGGAAAUUAAAACGAAAAAAAAAAAAGAUUGAGAAAAACAGGGACCAACGCAGCAUGACCCCGACGUAAUGACAUGUUCGAACAUUCUCAUGCACCAUAUACCUGUGUUCGUAUACAUAUAUGCAUACAUAUACCAUUUCUCAGUUUCUAAAAUGACCACAAAAUGCCUUGAAUUAUUAAAUCCAUGGAUUAGCCAAUUUUUUUAAUGAGUUAUCAAAAGAGCAACUCAACGUUCGAUUAAAUAUAUGUGUGUAUGUAUGUAUAUUAUAUGUUCGUGUAUACCUACUUGCCAUUAAUGUGUAUAUUUUAAUAUCGUUAACGCGCUGUCUCAUUAUCAUUAAUGUUAAUAUUAUAAUUGCACUGUUAUUUUAUAAUUAUUGUUAUCUUUAAUUAUAUUUCAAUUAUUAUGUGUAUAUGAACGAAUUUUAAUUUGGACACGCAAAAGUUAUGCUCGGUAAUAAUCGCGUAUAAAAAAACGCAUGUAGAUUCUUUUCUUUUUCUUCCUUCCCCGAUUGAAUACGUUAUAUCGUUUCCAAUUAGAUGUAUUAAGACGUUUUCACGGACUAAUUAUUUAAACUAUUUCAGAUCCUUACUUUCCGUUGAUUACACCGCGUCGUUUUAUCGUUCCUUGAUACCUUUUCGCAUUUUUUUUUCAAAAUAAUUUCUUACCCUUUGUGUCUUUUGUUAAUAACGUUAUUCAGGCCUGACCGCAUACCCUUUAAUUAUUCACCUCUCAUCGGUUUGUUUGUUCGUCAUUAACAUGAUAUUCAUCUAUCCUGAACAACAAAAAAAAAAGUUCCAUGCCAGUUUUUUUCGUUCGUUGUUACUGUGUUGUUCAAUUUUAAUUUUUCUUUAGAUGAAUUAGACGAUGAUAAUUACACGUGUUUAGAUAAUUUUCUUCUUUUUGUUUUAACCCCGUUACCACCUCUGUCAUUAUUGUUCUAAUUAUUAACGUUAUAAUUAUUUUUAUUAUUAUCGUCAUUAUUUUAUUAUCGUCGCUGCCAUAUUAGGUAUCUACGUGUACCAUAUUAUACGAUAUUUUCAUAAAUAGUCCGCGAAGUUAUGUAUUUUUAAUUACCGAUUCAUCGACAUAGAUAUUUUAUUACGCGUAUUAAUAUUAUUACACCGAAUAAUAAUCUUUUUUUUUUUCUCUUCUGUGGUAAGAAAUAAAAAUAACAUUUAUUAUAUGUUACCGAGGCCAAGGCUCCGAACGAAUUCAUAUUUAAUUAGCACGCGCUUAAGUGUCGUGUUAAGUGGUCGGUACACUUAAAGUGAACGCUGUCGAGAUGACGGUGACGACGAUUUAGAUGAUUGAAUUUUGCUCAAAAUGGAUCGAACUCUCGAGAAUUAAUUUCACUACUCUCUGAACGCAGAAAUUAUUCUAAAAGUUGAAUUAGAUAAAUCUAUAAAUAGGAUAAUUUUCAUUAAUCUCUAUUCGUGUAAAAUCAAUCAAACGAAUUACCCAAUAAAUAAAAAUAAAAAUGAUGGCGAAAGUAGUUUGCAAUCGGAUCGGGCAAUUUUACAGGUGUUGUUAAUUAAUUAAUUCUUGCAAAUUGAGACUGCCUGAGUAGUAGGAAAGGAUCGUUAUAAAAUUUUACGAUAAAAUGGAAUGCAAUGGUCAUGCUGUAAAAAAAAAAAAGUCAAUUACACACAAGUCAAUAGACGAUAUGACUUAGUCAAAAGAGUAAAUAAAUAUAUAUAUAUAUUUAAAAAUAAUAAAUCGUAGGAUUUAUGAAUUUAUUGUAUUGAUAAUUAUAAAUAAAACCUAUGUAUAGAUAUAGGAAGGUAUAUAUGAAUACAUGUGUAUAAUUAUAGAGACAGGUGCGACCUCAUCGAGAAAUUCGCUUGAGAUUAUUAUACCACGUAUGUAGUAUAAAUUUGAAUAAUAAUUAUUAGAAUGACGAAAAAAGACACAAGAAACUAAGAAAUUUAUGAUAAUCAAUUUAAGGAAACGUUGUAUACUCUUUCUCUUUUUCUUUUUUUUUUUCUUGUUUCCAUCUUAUUUUCUGAUCGACGACUAUUCGAUUGAGUCUGUUAUAAAAACAACUAUUGUAACAAUUGUAUAACAUGAACAAUACAAUUGUCGCGUUGUCAAACAUUCACCGCAUUUUUCAUUCCUCAUGUGUCCAUGUGUGCUUAUUGUUUAUAAAUUAUUAUCAAUAUUAUCUCCACGGAUGUAUCGAGUUUAUCAAUGUUCGUCGAUGUUUCGUUUCUCAUGUUUCGCGUGGCCCUUUUCACUUUAUCCCUGCGAAUGGUUAGUCAUAUUUUUCGUGUAAUUGUAUCACGACCAUCGAUAUCUGGAUAAAUGUAAUGCGAAUCGUUUUCUGUUUCUAUUUCCUAUCAUUAUUGUUAAUGAAAAAAUUAAACCGAAAGCUCUUGGGAAAAUCAUAGAGAAGUUUGUAAAAUUGGCGUACACUAGUAGUGACGCAGUGACGUGU